AUGGAGAACAGUCCUCUACAGGUGCUGCAUCUCGACACCGUUCCGUAUCCUGACCAGCGGCCCGGCACCAGCGGCCUCAGGAAGAAUGUCCGUGUUUUCCAGUGCAAAAGGAACUAUCUGCAAAACUUCAUCCAGAGUGUCUUCUCCUCCAUCGACUUGCGAGACCGCCAAGGCUCCACCAUGGUAGUGGGAGGAGACGGGCGCUACUUCAACACCACCGCCAUCCAGGUCAUAGUACAGAUGGCAGCAGCCAAUGGGGUGGGCCGACUGGUGAUUGGUCAGAAUGGCAUCAUGUCCACACCGGCUGUGUCGUGCGUAAUCAGGAAGUUCAAAGCGAUUGGUGGAUUUGUGCUCACCGCCAGUCACAACCCUGGAGGACCAGACGGAGACUUUGGCAUAAAGUUCAACAUCGCUAACGGAGGGCCUGCACCCAGCGCUGUGACAGAUAAAAUCUUUCAGAUAAGCAGGGGUUUAGAGGAGUACGCCAUCUGCCCCGAACUCACAGUGGAUCUGACCAGACUCGGCAAGCAGAGUUUCGACCUGGAGAACAAAUUCAAACCCUUUACAGUUGAGAUUGUAGAUCCAGUGGAAUCCUACGCCAACAUGCUGAGGAACAUCUUUGACUUUGCGGCACUGAAGGAGCUUCUAUCAGGCCAGAACCACAUAUGCAUCCGGUUAGAUGCCAUGCACGGAGUGGUUGGCCCAUAUGUGAAAAAGAUCCUGUGUGAAGAACUGGGUUCUCCUGCCAACUCGGCCAUUAACUGCGUCCCUCAGGAGGACUUCGGCGGCCAGCUUCCAGAUCCGAACCUGACCUACGCUGCAGAACUGCUUGAGACCAUGAAGAGCGGCCAGUUUGACUUUGGAGCUGCCUUCGAUGCUGAUGGUGACCGUAACAUGAUCUUAGGGAAAAACGGCAUUUUCGUUAACCCCUCAGAUUCGGUUGCUGUUAUUGCAGCAAACAUCUUCUGCAUCCCUUACUUUCAGCACAUGGGAGUGAGAGGCUUCGCCAGGACAAUGCCCAGCAGUGGAGCGCUCGACAAUGUGGCUAAAGCAACCAAGAUUCAACUGUAUGAAACUCCAACUGGUUGGAAGUUCUUUGGAAAGCUGAUGGACGCUGGUCGCCUUUCACUGUGUGGAGAGGAGAGCUUCGGCACAGGUGCGGAUCAUAUCCGUGAGAAGGAUGGGCUUUGGGCUGUGCUCGCCUGGCUCUCCAUUCUUGCUUUUAGAAAACAGAGUGUUGAGGAAGUCAUGAUCGAUCACUGGAAAACCUACGGCAGGAACUACUAUACCAGGUACGACUACGAGGACGUCGAGAUCGACGUGGCAGUGGACCUGAUGCUGGAUCUCGAGGUGAUCAUUACAGACAAGGCAUUCACUGGACAGAUGUUCACCAUCGGCGAGAAAACCUACAAGGUGGAGAAAGCAGACAACUUUGAAUAUAACGACCCUGUAGAUGGAAGCGUCACAAGGAACCAGGGCCUGCGGAUUAUAUUCAAAGGGAGUUCUCGCAUUAUUUUUCGCCUAAGUGGAACCGCAUCAGGUGCCACAAUACACCUCUACAUCGACAGCUAUGAGAAAGACAAAAAUGAGAUUUUACAGGAUCCACAGGUGAAGUUGGCUGACCUGUUGAACAUCGCACUGAAGUUGUCGCAGCUGUAUGAGAGGACGGGAAGAACCAGUCCAACUGUCAUUACAUGA